UAUUUCCAGGAAAACAUUGAAGUGGAGUUGGUAAACCCUGAACUGGAAAUUGUAUUAACGCUUUUAGGAAUUUAAAUUGCACGGCAGCAAUGUCCUAAUAAUAACUAAUAAAGAUAAUAGCAGGGAGAGUUUGAGAGUUUGCCAGUGACACUGCACUGAGACGGCGGAUGCAGUCGUAGCGGGAGCCGCUCCUGGGACAGUGGAUGCGCGGCGGUAUGGAGGCGCUUCCCCCGAGCGCUGCGCUCAGUGCCAUCUUCCUCACUCUCCUGGCUGUGCUCGCUUUCCACUUGUUCAGCGACUACGUGCGUAAAUGGAACAGGAUGAAGCGAAUCCCCGGGCUCAGUCCGACUUACCCGAUACUGGGUAACGCACUUCUUUUCAAGCCCAGCGGAGAAGACUUUUUUCUUCAACUGAUUGAAUUUACCACCAAGUGCAGAGAUGAACCAUUGAUGAAAUUGUGGCUAGGACCAUUACCCUUUAUUGUGUUGUUUCAUGCAGAGACUGUGGAGGUCGUAUUGAGCAGUUCCAAGCACCUUGAUAAAUCCUAUGCAUACAAGUUUCUUCACCCUUGGCUUGGUACAGGGCUGUUGACAAGUACAGGAAAUAAAUGGCGUGCUAGGAGAAAAUUGAUAACUCCGACAUUUCAUUUCACAAUUCUGAUGGAAUUUCUAGAGGUUAUGAAUGAACAGACCAAUAUUUUACUGGAAAAAUGGGAGAAGAAAGUGGGCAAGGGACCUUUUAACUGCUUCAAUGAUAUCACACUCUGUGCUUUGGACAUUAUCUGUGAAACUGCUAUGGAUAAGAAGGUCUAUGCUCAGAGUAACAGUGACUCGGAAUAUAUACGUGCAAUUUACAAGAUGAGUGAUUUGAUUCACCGCAGGCAGAAGAUGCCUUGGUUUUGGCCAGACUUUCUAUUCAACACAUUUGGGGAAGGAAAGGAACAUGACGAAGCUCUCAAAAUCUUGCACACCUUCACAGAAAAGGUGAUUGAGGAGAGAUCUUGUAAAACAGAGAAUGCUGAAGAAUUUAACCAUUCUGAUUCAGACUCUAAUUCAUGGAGGAAAAAGAAGCGCAAGGCCUUUCUUGACCUGAUUCUCAGCACAACUGAUGAAGGUGGAAAUAAGCUGAGUCAGCAGGACAUAAGAGAAGAGGUGGACACUUUUAUGUUUGAGGGCCAUGAUACUACAGCCGCUUCAAUAAACUGGACCCUUUACCUCUUGGGGUCCCAUCCUGAUGCAUUGAAGAAAGUACAUGAAGAGCUGGAUGAUGUUUUUGGUAAUUCUGAUCGUCCAGCUACGAUGGAAGACCUGAAGAAUCUCCAGUUUCUUCAGUGUGUUAUUAAGGAAUCUCUGCGCUUGUUCCCUUCUGUUCCAAUUUUUGGCCGUACUUUGCUUGAGGAAUGCCAUGUGGGAGGGUUUAAGGUACCCGAAGGAGUCAACGCUAUGAUCAUUCCUUAUGCCCUACACAGAGAUCCCAGGUACUUCCCAGACCCUGAGGAGUUUAGGCCAGAGCGAUUUUCACAUGAGAGUUCAAGUAAAAUGAAUCCAUAUGCAUUUAUUCCAUUUUCUGCUGGAAUCAGAAACUGCAUAGGCCAAAAAUUUGCACUACUUGAAGAGAAGGUAAUUUUGUCCUCUGUUCUUCGACGAUUCCAUGUGGAAGCAAAACAAAGUCGUGAUGAGCUCCACCUUGUGGGUGAAUUGAUUCUGCGUCCACAGAAUGGCAUUUGGAUAGAACUUCACCACAGAACAGAAUAAAUAUUAUCAGGAGCAACACGCCCAGAAUACCAGUUAAAAUGAUGCAGCACAGUUUGUUCUGUGAUUUUUCUCCUCAAACUGAGGGACAAUCAUUUUAUGAAUCCAAAAAUAUUUCUAUUUUGUUAAUAUUAGAAUUUGUAUGCUGAUCUUAUUAUUUUCAAGCUGCCACCAAUGAGCCUUAAAACAUUUAGCACCAGUUGUUUACAUUGCUGUAACUUGGAUUCUUAUAUGGUUUUGAUUUGCAGUUUCUGCCUGUAUGCCAACAGAAGUUUUAUAAGAAAUGAUGGUAUUGCUGUUAAUUUCCUGAUAAAUCAUUGUCUUCUAAUGCAUUGUUACCAGCUCGUAUCUUUUAAAAACUGAAAGAGAUUGAGAUUGAUGCUGUUGUAAUCAUGUGGAUUAUUACAAUUUGAACUUUUCCCUCAACACUUUCUUUUGUGUUUGUGGAACUGCUGUCUUGCAAACUGGUUCCUUUAUAAGAAACAAAUUAGACCUUUUUAAAAAAAAAAACAAGAGUCUCAGCUUAUCUUGGGUGAUAGUUAAUCGGGAGCCUGUCCUAGAGUCUAUCCAUUUUCUUUUUCAUUGAAAUGGACAGCCAAUUUGUAAGCACCCAAGAUGAAUAUAUAUUCAUAAGUGUCUUUCUAAGAUGGUUGAUUUUGACUUGGGUGUUUAAACUUGCUGCAGAAAUGAGUUGAGAAAAUGGAUAUUUGCGAGCAAGUAGAGGAGACAAAUCGAGCAGUUUAUGCUGCUAGAAACUUAGAGCUAGAAUAUUGAAAGGAACUGAGUAUUUGUUCUGCUAUUGGAUGCCCUUUGAAUAUCUGAACAAAUCACAAAAACAGAUUAAGCACAGAAUGUCAAAAUAAAUAUUCAAGAAAUAUCGAUGUGUCAAUUUAAAUAUUACAUUUUUCCAAUUAUAUCAACUUUUGUUUUCUGUAAAGCUACAAAGUUGGUUUAAUGUGAUGACCAAAUCCAGCUUUCUUACAAGCUGUGCUUUCUAAUAAAAAUACAAACUGUCACACA